AUGGGCAUGAGUGCGGCGGAACGCCAAAGGCGUUACAGACAAAGGAGAGAUCAAGACCCUGAAAGAAGGAGACAGUACCUGUUGAAAGAAAAAUUGAGAAAUAAGAAAAACCAAAUCAGCAUAGGCUCAGAAACUGAGAGAGGAAAGAGGAUAACGAGGAGAAAGUGGACACAAAGAAAAAGAGAUCAAAGAGCCAGAGAGAAAAAUAGGAAAAUUUUUAUGACACCUCCAAUGUCUCCAGAAAGUCCACCGCCCAUCCAAGCUCAGAGUUCAAGACAGAAGAGAGUGAGCGAAAGCAAACGGAAAAUGGUCAUGAACAGGUGCUACAAACAAAAUGAUUAUUUGAGAAGUAAACUUCAAUUUGAAAGGAAACGAAAUUCACUUUUGAGGCAGAAAUUACAUCGAUCUCUGAAGAGUAACAAACUGUCUGAAACACCAAGAUCCAGAAGCAAAAACAUACUUCGAACAGGGUCUGUGAAAACUGUAAAAAAAACCUUGGAUUUUCACCACGCUCUCUUGGAGGAACUAAAGACCAGCUACAAGAAAGGAAAUGGAAAGAUGAAGAAAUCUUUAACCUCAAUUGUGUCUGGAAACAUCUUAAGGAAGUACAAGUUUCGUGCAAAGGCAAUAAGUAUUCUUGGGUUGUCUUCAGCCAAAUUGUACCAAGGAAAAAGGAGAUCCGUUUGUUAUUCACAAAGGCUAAAACAUAAGAUACAUGCCUUUUACCAGCGCUCUGACAACAGUCAUAUUAUUCCAGGGCAGAAGCAAACAGUCACAAAAAACAAAGUUAAGAAACAAAAGCAUCUACUCUUGGAUUCCAUACUGAACAUAUACCGGAAAUAUAAAACUGAACAUCCUAAGGAGAAGAUAAGCUACACGUCUUUCAGCAGAUUGAGGCCAUUUUGGAUAAAGCCACCAACUCAGAGAGACAGAGACACCUGCAUGUACAUCAAGUCCAACAGAGCUGUUAAAAACAUUUUCCUGUGA